AUGCUGCACAAAUUUGCAGGAGUGAAACCUCAAGCCAAUGGCCGAGGGGGUCUUUACUUCCCAUCCCUGGUACAAGGAAAGUAUCCUGCUUAUGGGACCCAAGGACUGUCCACAGGUUUGCGUUAUGGCAUCCCAGCUGGAUAUGGAGGAGCAGGUUACAGAGGUCUUGGUUACCCUCGCGCUGGCCUCCCCUUGGGAGGACUUGGAGCAAGAGGAAAGCCUUCCAAAGCAGGUUAUGGGGCAGGACCCAGUGCUGCUGGCUACCAAGCAAUAGGAACACAGCAAGUGUAUCCAGGUGGUGUUGGAGCUGGAGGCUACCCAAGCAAUGGCCUCCAGAAUGGAUUUGGCAACGGCUAUGGAACUGGAGGAAAUGGGUUUCCCAGUGCAAGAUCUCACCCAGGAGGAUACGGUAACGGUGUUCAAGCUCCCUAUGGCAGUCAGUUAGGAGGACCUGUUGGUGAUUCUGUGGCUGCCAAAUAUGGAGGGGCAGGGCAGCUCCCCUACAGUGGUCAACCACAUCAACCAGAAGCUGCUGGCCUAGGAGGUGAUUACAGUGCUGGAAGAUAUGGUGGGCCACAACUUGGGUAUGGAUCACUGCCUGGUCGGACACUAGGACUAGAUGGCAAUGGAAACGGGAUGGGAUAUAUGAAUGGUGGAGACCCCCAAGCUAAUGGGCUAGGGGCAGGUGCCUAUGGUCCCCUUGCAGUUGGACAAACACCAGGAGGGUAUGGCAGCCCACUAGGACCUGGACGGGCACUGGGAGCCUACGGAGGAAAAGAAGCUAAGUAUGGCAUGAAUGGAUUUAUGGGAAAUGGAUACAGAGUUCGCUGCCCUUCUGGAAAAUGCUGAGAAACAGUGUUGCUCUGCAGAACUCCCUGCAACAGGAUUCCAGCAACCCAGCAAUCUUUGGUGCUAAGUCUUGAUGACUAACAACAAUGAAGUCUUGCAUUAUAAAGGAUCGUGUCUUUUUCUUAUUGUGUUUUAUUUUAUUAUUAGAAACAUUUAAAAGAAGAAAAAAGUUGCAUGUUAGCUUUUAAAAGCCUUGAAUAGCACUUUCUCCAACAGCUGCUAGCUCAGCAGUGAUCAGUGCUGUAGGCAUGUGCCCUGUAAAUUCCACUGGAGGCCCAGUGUCUUUGCGAUUAAAAAAUACAUCCACGG